AGGAAGUCUGUACAAGGAUUGUUGGGCCAAACAGCCUUCAGAUUAAAAACCAACCUUGUUGCAAGGCAGACGCCUCCUGCGGAUACUAAACCUGUAGUUCAAUGUAAGAAGAGUUGAAGGUUUCACUUUUGAGAUUAUGUCUUCAAUUAUGUAGGCAUGUUUCUGGCAGUUACAGUGGUGCAGAAUGGCCGACCUCAGUCUUGCAGAUGCGUUAACAGAACCACCUCCAGAAAUUGAGGCCGAGAUUAAACGGGACUUUAUCGCCACACUGGAGGCAGAGGCCUAUGAUGACGUCGUGGGAGAAACUGUCGGAAAAACAGACUACAUUCCUCUUCUGGAUGUUGAUGAGAAAACCGGGAAUUUGGAGGCAAAGAAGAAACCAUGCCCAGAUACUAGCCAGGUUGAAGGUACCCCAACUGCUAAACCAGCAGCGCUGGCCAACGGCGAUCAUGGCAUGGAAGGGAAUGACACUACAGUUGAAAGGUCCCCGACUGAAUUCCUUGAAGAGAAAAUGGCCUACCAGGGGUAUCAGAACAGCCAGAACUGGCCAGAAAAUACAAACUUUUGCUUUGAACCCGAGCAAGUAAUGAAUCCUAUACAGACCGAUCCCUUUAAGGUGCACCGUGAUGAUGGCCUCGAAGAUUUGCUCUUUUUCCCCAGUGGAACAGCCAGCACUUCAGCCUUUACAGAACAAAACGAGCCCCUGAAAGACAGUUACGGCCUGUUUCCCUGUGACACAUUCGUUCCCGCAGCUGUCGUACCUCAGGGGUGGCCCGUGGGAGCUCCAGACGCCCCACAAGCGGGAGUCUUCAUUUCUCCAGAGGCCAUGCAACCUCUGCAGCCUACGGCAGAGCCAGCCCAGCUGGUAGAAAUGCCAUCAGCAGAAGACAGGGCACCAGCAAAAACAUUGGAAGAAAUGAUGGGAUUGAAGCCUGCUGACAUGGCACCAUCUAGAGAUACGGAGAUGGCCUUAGCCAAGGACAUGGCACCAGCCACAGAAACAGAAGUGGUAUUGGCUAAAGACGUGGAACCGCCUACCGAAGAAGAUGUGGCACUUGCAAAGGACAUAGAAUCAUUCAUCGAAUCCGACAUGGCCCUAGUCAAGGAUGUGGCACUACCCGCAGAAACAGAGGAAGCCCCAGCCAAGGACAGAACACUAUCCAAAGAAACGGAGAGGGGACCACCUAUAAAAAUGGAUGUGGCCCCAGCUGAGGACGUGGUACCACCCACAGGCAGAGAGAUGGCCACAGCCGAGGGUAUGGUAUCACUCUCAGAAAAAGAGAUGGCACUGGCUAAGGACUUUGUAUCAUCCACAGAAAUGUCUUCAGCCAAGGAGUUGGCUUUGUCCUCAGAAACCGAGGUGGCCUUAGUCAAGGACAUGACUCCGUCUCCAGUAACAGAAGUGGCCCUGGUCAAGGACGUGGCUCCACUCCCAGAAAUAGAGAUGUCCCUGGGCAAGGAUGUGGCUCCAUCCCAAGAAAAAGAGGUGGCCCUGGUCAAGGACAUGGCUCCAUCUCCAGUACCAGAGGUGGCCCUGGGCAAGGACAUGGCCCCAUCUCCAGUAUCAGAGGUGGCGCUGGGCAAGGACAUGGCUUCAGCCCCAGAAACAGAGAUGGCCCUGGGCAAGGAUGUGCCUCUGCGUCCAGAACCAGAGAUAGCCCUGACUAAGGGUGUUGUCUUGCCCUCGGAAAUGGAGGUGGCAUCAGUUCCAGUUAAGGACAUGGAAGCUGUACGGACACAGGAAGAAAUACAUGGGGAUUCCCAGUUAAGGUCUCUCCAGAACGAGGGGCAUUCCGCUGCACCCGCUUCCACGAUUUCACCAGAACCGGUCUCAGCCACAGGCCAGAAGUGUCACGUGCCAACAGAUGAGGAGCCUGUGCUGGAGAAACCAGAGCAAAAGAAGCCAUUGGAUAGUCAGUCUUCGGAGUUUUCUUCAGAGACCUCGGGAAUAGCCAAGCCAGAAGAAGGACGGUCUGCUGUGACUACGACCGGAAAUGACAUCACCGCACCUCCCAACAAGGAGCUCCCACCAAGCCCAGAGAAGAAAACAAAGGUAGUUGCCGGAACGCCUUUGGCCACAACUCAGCCUGCAAAGACUUCAACAUCGAAAGCCAAAACCCAGCCCACUUCUCUCCCUAAGCAGCCAGCUCCCACCACCCUAGGUGGGUCGACUAAAAAACCCAUGAGCCUUGCUUCAGGCUCAGCACCAGCUGCCCCGCCCAAACGCCCUGCGGCCGCCACUGCCAGGUCUUCCAUCUCACCUUCAAAAGAUGUGAAGCCUAAGCCUGUUGCAGAGGCCAAGAUUCCUGAGAAGAAGGCCACACCGACCAAGCCGGCCACGCCAUCCAAGCCGGCCUCAUCCGUGGCCUCCCGGCCUGGCUCCAAGAGCACCCAGACUGUUCCAAAAGCCACAGCAGCUGCCUCUCUUGCCUCCGCUGGGCCGAGCAGUAGGAGCACCCCCAUGCCCUUGCCCAAGAGGCCUGCUGGCAUCAAGGCCGAGGGCAAACCCACAGACGUCAAGAAGACGGUCACAAAGUCUGCGCCAGCCGACUUGAGUCGCUCCAAGAGCACCUCCAGCAGUGCAGCGAAGAAGAGCGCCCCUGUGCCUGGGGCGGCCUCCCCAGCAGGCGCGGCCCCCGGUCGAGUCAAGCCCACAGCCACGCCUCCCCGGCCCUCUGGGACUGCUGCGGCGGACAGGAAGCCCACGUCAGCCAGGCCCAGCUCCUCUGCCCCCAGGCUGAGCCGCCUGUCCACCAAUGCUUCUGCCCCCGACCUGAAGAACAUCCGCGCCAAGGUCGGCUCCACGGAAAACAUCAAGCAUCAGCCUGGAGGCGGCCGGGCCAAAGUAGAGGAAAAAUCAGAGGCAGCUGCUGCAGCUCGAAAACCCGAACCUAACGCGGCGGCCCGAGCAGCUGCCCCCGGCGCGAGCGCACAGAGACCGGCUGCCGGGAAAGUCCAGAUAGUCUCCAAAAAAUUGAACUACAGCCAUGUUCAGUCCAAGUGUGGUUCCAAGGACAAUAUUAAGCAUGUCCCUGGAGGUGGUAAUGUUCAGAUUCAGAACAAGAAGGUGGACAUCUCUAAGGUCUCCUCCAAGUGUGGGUCGAAGGCCAACAUCAAGCACAAGCCUGGUGGAGGAGAUGUCAAGAUCGAAAGUCAGAAGCUGAACUUCAAGGAGAAGGCCCAGGCGAAGGUGGGGUCCCUUGAUAACGUGGGCCACCUGCCUGCGGGAGGUGCCGUGAAGACGGAGGGCGGUGGCAGCGAGGCCCCUCCGUGUCCGGGCCCCCCCGCUGGGGAGGAGCCGGCCAUCCCUGAGGCAGCGCCCGAAGCUGGCGCCCCCACUUCAGCCAGUGGCCUCAGUGGCCACACCACCUUGGCAGGGGGUGGUGACCAAAGGGAGGCCCAGACCUUGGACUGCCAGAUCCAGGAGACAAGCAUCUAAUGAUGACAUUCUGGUCUCGUCUUCCAUCCCUUUGUCCCCCCCUUGUCUCCUUUGUGACCCUUUCCCUCCCUCCUCCCGUGUCACUGCAGAUUGAGACCUACAGGCUGACGUUCCGGGCAAACGCCAGGGCCCGCACCGACCACGGGGCCGACAUUGUCUCCCGUCCCCCCCACUUCCCUGGCGGCCCCAGCUCAGGCACCCGUGUCCUUGGCUGUCUUCCCCGGGCCGCCCACUAGACCUGUGACCGCCGGGGUUCCGGGCAGCCCUCUAGGGCCCUCCCCCUCCUCCCUCCCUCCUGUCUCGCUUGCCCAAGGCAGCAGCCGUCACCCCCACACCUCUUCCCGCCCCUUGCCCCAGGCCCGGUCCUUGCUUUGCUCCUGUCCCAUCAUCGCGUCCCUGCUCCAGGGAGGGGUGUUGGGGGUGGGGGGAGGCUGACCUGGGGUCUUGGGGGGGUCUAAGAGAGGAGACCCGAUUCCAAUCCCCUCUUUGUUUGGGUUUUUUGGACCAAACCCAAGAGAAACUGACAUACCCUCCCUCCCUCCUCGCUGGGUCCACCUGGCGGGAUGAGUGGAAUGCCCAUGCGGUGGCCCGGCCCUGACUGCGUCCCCUGGAGCCUGCUAAGCUAUUGCCUGUCCCUUUGACGUGGCUGGUGCCAAACACCUCUUGCCACCCUGCCGCAAGUUAGCUAGGGGUCAACGCAGCCUGUCCCCACUGCUUCCCAUACCUGCCUAGCUGCUGUCAUACUUUUUUCUUGUUUUUUUCUUUUUUUUUUUUUUUAAAUAUCCUAAAAACUGGUGGAAUAGUUUUGCAGGUUGAAGUCAUGUCUUAAAUGAAAGUCCUCAGCAGGUGUUAAAGGAAACAGGGAGGGGAGAUCCUUAAGCCUCCAGCCAGGAGGUCAGGCACUGGGGGCUGCCCAGGGGGCAGCUCGGGACCCCGGAGAUGGUGGGCAGGGCAGGUGACGUGGGGGCUGCAGCCUGGUCAGCAGGUAGGGCAUGCCAGGAGCUGCUCAGAGUGUGACUGGUGGUUCUGCGUUUUGCGUUUAUGCUGCUUUUCUUUUCUAACCAAGAGGCUGGUUUUGGCAUCUCUGUCUGUCUCAUUCCUGGGAUCUGGUGGGAGAUACAAGGUCAGGGCUGGAACAGGCCACGGAGGUCAAAAUCCUGCAGGCCGAGGACACUUGGGCCCUCGGCUACCAGGGAGCCUAAGAUGUGCAGAGCGCGUAUAGGUCGUGGGGAAUCAGGUCCAGAAAUUUAAAAAUAAAGGCAUAAGACUGGGGCCACCCCACGUCCCUGCUACUCUGACUGGAGCGGCGGGAGGUGAGGCGAGGCCAGCCUGCGGGGCGUCCCAGCUCGGCCCGCUCGGGGUGGCUGCAAUGAGAAAUCCCGGGAAUCGUAUUGGCACGAAGACUCUUACUGCACUUGUAUUUUUUUGUAUUAAAAUUUGCAUGGUUUCUAAUAAAGGAUUAAAACCUA